GCUGACGUUCCUAUCAAGCAUGAGACCCUAACCGCUGUCGAAUCCCGCAUUUCACGAUACUCCAUGUGACCGGCCCCCCCUACUAUACCCCACCCUCCUGGUCUUUUCGACAUCAUCAGAGAGCAUCAGUGCCUAUUUUGAAACCGUCCGCAGUAGACAACCCCCCCUGCGGCGUCUAAUACCCCGCGACUCACUGUCGUCUCGGACGCCACAUCCUAGUCGGAGGGCUGGUGUCGCCAUUAAGACUACAAUCGACAGGUUCAGCCCCAUCGGCCCGGUACCGGCUUCAUGAUGAGCGUUGCCGGAGGAGAUGCGAAGCUCUUUGCCAGAGGCAAAGUAGCAGAGCUCCGCGCGGAGCUCAACAGCGGUGGGAAAAAGGACAAGAACCACUCGGCGAAGAAGAUUGCGUUGAAACGCAUCGUUGCGAACAUGACAAUGAGCAAUAAUGACAUGGUUGCGCUCUUUCCGGAUAUUGUCGGCUGCAUGCAAAUACCCAGUCUGGAGAUUAAGAAGAUGUGCUUUUUGUUCUUGGUCAAUUAUGCUCGUUUGAAGCCUGACGUGGCGAUGCAGGCUCUGCCCAUUCUCGUUGCAGAUAUGGACGACGUCAACCCGCUCGUACGUGCACUUGCACUUAGAACAAUGUCGUAUAUUCACGUGCGGGAGUUCGUCGAGGCCACAAUGAGUCCCCUAAAGAAAUUACUCAAAGAUCCAGAUCCCUAUGUGCGGAAAACGGCGUGUUUUACUGUCGCAAAAAUUUACGACCAUGACCGGGUGCUGGUAGAGGGAUCUGAUGUGAUUGAUCGGCUCAACUUGAUGCUGCGGGAUGGAAAUCCCACAGUCGUGGCAAGCGCCCUAGCGGCUUUGAUGGACAUCUGGGAGAGGAGCGACACCAUCAAGCUCACUCUAGACUAUACAAGCGCGUCUAAAGUGACUCAGAUUUUGCCAGAUUGUUCAGAGUGGGGUCAAACAUAUAUUCUUGAAGCCCUGAUGUCUUACGUUCCGCAAGACACGGCUGACGCUACGCUCCUCGCUGAACGUAUUUCUCCUCGUCUCUCUCAUUCCAACUCUUCUGUCGUCCUGACUUGCAUCCGCGUCAUCCUCUAUCUCAUGAACUACAUUUCGGACCCGAAACAGAUUCAGUCACUUUGUCGAAAGCUCUCGCCACCGCUAGUGACUCUGCUUGCCAAAGGGCCCGAAGUGCAGUAUUUGGCCCUUCGAAAUGCUCUGCUGAUCCUCCAGCGAUGGCCGGAGGUGCUGCGGAACGAUGUCCGUGUCUUUUUCUGCAAAUACAAUGACCCCAUCUAUGUCAAGGUGACAAAGUUGGAGCUCAUCUUCAUGUUGGCAACAGAGCAAAACAUUAACGAAGUCUUGACCGAAUUGAGAGAAUAUGCAACGGAAAUUGACGUCCAUUUUGUCCGCAAGUCUGUCCGUGCCAUUGGCAAGUUAGCCAUCAAAAUUGAGCCGGCUGCACGGCUCUGCAUCAACACUCUCCUGGAACUCGUCGCCACCAAAGUCUCCUACAUUGUACAAGAAGCCACGGUCGUCAUCAAGAACAUUUUCCGCAAAUACCCCAAUCAAUACGAAUCCAUCAUCUCCACGCUAUGCGAGAACCUCGACUCGCUCGAUGAACCCGAAGCCAAAGCGGCCAUGAUAUGGGUCAUUGGCCAAUACGCGCACCGGAUCGACAACUCGGACGUUCUCCUCGACGAUUUCCUCUACUCAUUUGCCGACGAGACCGUCGAGGUUCAACUCGCCCUGCUCACCGCCACCGUCAAACUCUUUAUCCAACGCCCUACCAAAGGCCAACAACUCGUUCCCAAAGUGCUCAAAUGGGCCACCGAAGAGACCGACAACCCAGACCUGCGCGACCGCGGCUUCAUGUACUGGCGCCUUUUAUCUUCGGAUCCCAACACGGCCAAACAAGUCGUGCUAGGAGAAAAACCCCCUAUCACCGCUGAAUCCGAAAAGCUCGACCCCGCAACUCUCGAAGAACUCUGUCUCAACGUCGGCACCCUUGCCACCGUCUACCUCAAACCAGUCCACCAAGUCUUCCGCUCAGCCCGGCCUCGCCGCGUCCAACACAGUCCCGCACUCCAAUUCCAGCGUCUGCCCACUUUCAUCGAGUCCCAGCAAAACUUGCACAAGAACCUGCCAGACAUGAUGCCCAUCACCAACGCGGCGUCCUCGCUCGGAGCAAACCCUGCUGCCUCCGCUACCACAGCCGCUCAGCUCCUCAGUCCCACCACCGCAUCCACCGCCAUGCCUAUUCCCGGCACUUCGGCCGCCUACCAAAACGGUCAAUUGGCCACUUCUCCUUCUUCCUCGGCAGCCCAAGCCCAGCAACAGCGCGCGAAUCUCGCAGCAGCCGUUGACGCCGCAGACCUCUAUUUCGCCGGCGUCGGCUCCUCCCAAAUGGCCGCCAUGGGCAUCGUCGCCAACGACGGUUUCGGUUCCCCGCCCCCCGUGCUCGGCGGAGCGGCUGGCAUGUUCGCUAGUAGUCCGAUGGGAGGAGCAGCAGGAGGAGUUGCCGGUGGUGGUGCCGGUUUCAAUGGCGGCGGUUACGUCGGUAAUAGCCCAAUGAUGGGCAUGGCUGGAGGCGCCGCCGCACCAAGUAGUCCUAUUGGCCCUGGGCAUAGUAAUAGUAGUCCUGGUGCACCGGGCACUACUAUUGCGCCUGCGAAUGGGGAUUUAUUGUCCCUUUAGUUUCAUUGUGCUUCUUUUCUUUUCUUUCUUUUUUAUUUUUUGUUCCUUUUCUCCCUUUGCCCUUCUCUGAACCCAUUUUUAAAUUCUUUAACUUUUAACUUUUAGCCUAUAUAUCUAUUUUAUAUAUUAAUUCUCAUCUUUUUUAUUUUUACUUUUAUUUUUUUUACCUUCUCACAUUCCUUUGUUGGCCUUUCUGAUUCUCACAAGUAUCUUUGCCUUUAUGCUCACAAAUUCUUGUCAUGUCCGGUUCAAGAAAUUUUUUUUUUUUUUUUUUUUUU